AUGUCUUCGCUUAUCUGUCAAGUACCGUCAGAUGUAUCGGUUCCACCGCGAUACAUUGUAAAUCUUGAUUUACCGCCAGCAGUUAGAUGGCAACACAUUCUUCGGUUAUAUCUCGAUGAAUUUCAUGCAAUUGAAAAGAAAAUUGAUUCAAUGGUUAGUGAAAUCAUUGGUCAAUGGACAGGUCCAAUACUUGAAACAGUUUUAUCAGCAGUUAUGUCUGGUAUAACAAGAUUGGGAUUAGUUUAUUACGGUGAAGAAUUAAAAGGAUUUUCUCAAGAAACAGGAAUACCAUUAGGAAAAUUAGUUUUGAUUCAAUUUGUCUACGAAUGUUUCGCAUGUUGUACAUCGAUUGUAUGUCAAGAUAAACAAACAAAGAUUCCAAUACAUAUUCGAACAAUGGACUGGGAAUUAGAUUUCUUGAAACCAUUAACAAUCGAUGUUGACUUUCAAAAAAAUAAUCAAACGAUUUUUAAAGCAACAACAUGGAUUGGAUACAUUGGGAUUCUGACUGGAAUGAGAGUACAUAAUGGAUAUUCUGUAUCGGUGAAUUUCCGACAUACAGGUGGAGCAUUAACAACAAAUUUAAAAACAGCUCUAGCAAGCGGUUGGCCAAUUGGUUUUCUUGUUCGGGAAAUCUUGGAGUCAACACAUACUUAUGAAAUGGCUGUUGAACAACUUGCGCAAUCAACAAUUAUUGCCCCAUGUUAUUUUACCGUGUGUGGAACAAAGCAAAGUCAAACAAUUGGAACCUUAUUAACGCGAAAACAAAAUACGGAAGAGAAAAGAUGGAUCGCGUCUGAACAUGGAACAAUUAUACAAACAAAUAUGGAUCAUUGGAGUUCAGAGCCAAAUGAAGAUAUUCUAUUUUCGAUUAGACGUCGGGAUUUAUCGAAACAACUGCUAAACCAAAUGAAAACAAUCAAUGAAGAAAACUUAUGGAAGUUAAUAUCCGAAUAUCCAAUAUGCAACAAUAUCACAAUUUAUGGAACAUUCAUGUGUCCAGAAUAUGAUAUUUAUCAUACGCGAUAUCCACAGGAUGAUAUUCAAUUUCGAUCGAAAGAACAAUCACAAUUUAUCCCAAUAAAUGAGUUGAAAACAAUUUCUUCCUGUGCGUCGAUACCAUCCACUCAUAUUUGUCAUAAAUGUAAACGUGAAUUUGAUAUCAAUGAUAAUUCAGGUGGUGAUUGUGCACAUAGUGGCAAAUGGCAUGCAAAAAGUCGUGCGCUGGCACUAGUACCAUGUGGACACUUCAAUGUGUGUGUGCAAUGCGGACACGGUUUACUUAAAUGUCCGACGUGUGAAACAAGUAUUACAGCGCUGCUUCGGGUAUGA